CUUCUUUCUCUUUUUCUCCUUCUUCUACUUCUUUUUCUUCUUUUUUUUUCCUUCUUCUUUUUAUUAUUCUCGUUUUAUCCUCUUUUAAAGAUCUUUUUAGAGCCUUCUUCCUUUCAACGAUUAUCUUCAAAGUGAGGGAACGAACGAACGAACGAACGAACGAACGAACGAACGAACGAACGAACGCACGCACGCACGCCGGGGGAUACAGGAUAGAGAUAAGAGAGCAAGAAGGAGAGAGAAAUAAAGACGAGUCGUAUCAGUACACAGGACAAUCUGGUCUCUUAAGGUAACAGUGUUGGAAAGACUACAGGAGGAAUCGUAGAAAAAUUUUCUUUUUCCUUUUUUUUUUUUUUUUUUUACGAUCUCACAAUCGUAUACAAGGUAUUCAGGACAAUCAUUAAUCUGAGAAAAUCAUCGAACGAAAGAGAACUUUUUACAUCUACCUCGAUCAUGCUCAGCCCAAAGAUGCAAAGAACUGUGAGGGUAAACGACUCUCAGCUAGUGAUGCUCUCGGAGAGAGCCCAUUACGAUAAUUCGUUGAACGGAUAUUUACACAAACGGACCGCUGAUUCUGCCAAGUGGCAAUUACGAUGGUUCGUCUUGUAUCAGAAUCUACUAUUCUAUUACGAAAACGAUACCUGCUCACGGCCAAGCGGUGUCGUUUUGCUAGAGGGCUGCUAUUGCGAUCGUCUUAUCACCGCUAAAGGCAAAGAACCGGAUAAACAACACUGCUUCGCGAUAUCAUACAGAAGGGAGAAUCAACGACAAUACGAGUUGAAAGCUGCCACAGAAACGGACUGCAAAACGUGGAUCGAUGCGAUACGAGAAGCCAGUUUCAACAAAUUGCUCUUGCAAAAGGAGGAGCUAGAGCAAAAGCAUCUGCACCUGUUGCAGAUCGUUGAAAGUGAGAAAACGGCUAAGUGGCAGUAUACACAACAAUGCGAGGAGCUUGCAUCGGAAAUAAAAAAGCUUCGGGCUGAGUUGUGCGCUCUGAAAAAAGAACUGAGGCCAUCGGUCGCACCAGCAUUUCCAAUUCGUCCUGGUGUUCAAAGGACCUUGUCCCAAGGAACAGGAAGUUUAAUAAGCGGCACGGGAUAUCAUGGUACAUACGGAAUUCAUGGUUCACUCGUAUCUUAUUCCGUUGGUUUACAUGGUAUCACCGAGGGUUCCAUCGAAAUGCAGAAAAUUAAAAAGGUCCAAAGCUUUUUCCGCGGCUGGCUUUGCCGUAGACGUUGGAAACAAAUCGUCGAACAAUACAUCAAGAGCCCGCAUGCAGAGAGUAUGCGGAAACGGAACAGUCUGGUGUUUCAAAUGGUUGAGGCAGAAGAGGAAUACACGGAACAAAUGGAGAUAUUGGUUAGCUGUUUCCUGAGGCCUUUCAAAAUGGCUGCCAGUUCGAAGAAACCCCCAUGUAGUCACGAAGACGUGAAUAGUAUAUUUUUGAAUAGCGAAACAGUACUGUUCCUUCAUCAGAUCUUCCUGAAGGGUCUUACUUCUCGUAUGGAGAGCUGGCCCACUUUAGUUUUAGGUGACUUGUUCGACAUACUACUACCAAUGUUGUCAAUUUAUCAAGAAUACGUGCGCAACCACCAUUACAGCCUUCAAGUGUUGACCGAGUGCAAGCAAUCAUCGACCCCUUUUGUUGCAUUGCUCAAUAGAUUGGAGAAUAAGACUGCCUGUCAUGGACGAUCCCUUGAAACAUUUCUAACAUAUCCAAUGCAUCAGAUACCCAGAUAUAUAAUCACUUUGCACGAGCUUCUUGCGCAUACACCGCACGAUCACGUUGAACGAAAGAGCUUGCAGAACGCUAGGCAACAGCUGGAGGAUCUGUCACGGCAAAUGCAUGACGAGGUGAGCGAGACAGAAAAUUUGAGAAAAAAUUUGGCAGUCGAGAGAAUGAUUGUCGAGGGUUGUGACAUACUUUUGGACGUUAAUCAAGUAUUCGUCAGGCAAGGUUCGCUCGUACAAAUUCUAGAUAAACCACGAGGAGCACGUAGCAGAUUGAGCGCAACAUUUGGUAGCAAAAGUUCGACCGAUAAGGAAGCUGUAAGACAGUGUUUCCUAUUUUCGAAUCAUUUGUUGCUUACUACGAGACAAUCAGACGACGAUGGCCGUUUGAAUUUAAUACCUCAAAUCGGCAAGAUACCAUUAUCGGAUGCUGUUCUAAUAGAGGAUCCCUCUGAUCAAGGUGUUACGGACGAUGACGAACUUUCAGUAUGCUCGAUGUCCAGCGGUAUCAGUGAAAGUAGCGGAAGUGGUACUGGCAAUACUAGUUCGCAGCUUCAAAAUCGUGACUUCAAGAUUGUACUUGAUGUGAAGUCUGGCGGUCCACAGGUUACCGUACAUCUGGUAGCACCAACUAUGCAGGAGAAGGCAGCUUGGAUAAGCGAUAUAAGUCAAUGCAUGGACAACGUACACUUCAAUGAUUUAUUACAUAGCUCGUUGUCGGACACCAGUUCCGUCACGAUGCCGCAAUCGAUUAGGAACGAUCCUAAGUUAUUCAAGGACGACGUUGACAUUAGGUUCAGUCGUACAUUGAACUCAUGUAAAAUUCCACAAAUACGUUCGGCCACUCCUGAACGUCUACUUCAAAGGCUAACAGACUUACGAUUUCUUAGUAUUGAUUUCCUCAAUACAUUUUUGUUGACCUAUCGUGUAUUCACCGAUGGUGUUACGGUGUUGGAAGCGUUAAAGAAAGUGUUUUAUGAGACUGAACCACCGGAUGCUCAAAUGCCUAGCGGCUCUCUCGCAUCGUUAGAUGUUUUGGGAAGUAACACGGGCGAGGGUCAAACUAACACGGAGGAACGAAGACGAAGUAGCUUUUCUCCUAGAAGAACGAGCGGUGCUAGUUCUGUCUCAGGAUACGAAUCAGAAAUUAGCGACCGUGAUGCUAAGGGACAUUACAUGUACGAGUUUAACACUGGUGCACAUAUGUUAAAUUCGAAGGCUCAUCGACGUUGUCACAAAAGAUUGGAAGAGGAUCAACAACUAGGAUUGAUAACAGAGGCACCAUCGAUCAUGAAACGUAGUCCUACAUUGCAAUCGUCGAAUCCGUCCGUGGCUUCUCAAUCUCCGGCAACCUCACGAAAAAUCAACAUCCGCGUGGACAAUGAUACAGAAAGUGAUGGAUGCCAUCUCACGAUUCCAAAAGUUAUAGCCGUAUCAUCCAGUUCAGAAACGCUUACGGAUGCGACCGUGAUAAGCGCACCUUCCUCACCGAGCAAUUUAAGCUCGGUUACGUUGAUUGGAUCGACGGGUUCUGGAUCUGGAUCUGAUCCUAGUCCUCAAGAAGGAGGCACAAUUUCUAGAGGUAUUUCAGAGGAAACAGAUACGCCUGUAGCUACAGGAUCAGCUUCAAAGGAUGAAGUACAAUUUACGUAUGCCGAUCAACCGCUGGUGUCAGAUAAGUCAACGGAUUCUUCUGAGAGCGCAGAGAAAACACCUACAACACCUAUUACACCAUCAACACCUCGAAUAAAAGAUCACGAGAUUGAAAAAGAAAGAAAGGAAUGUACUGACGACGAGAAGGCAUCAUCGACAGUUGUUCAGACUCAGCAUACCUCUAAUCAAACUCAAUAUCAACAUCAGUAUCAGCAUCAACAUCAACAUCAGCAACAAUAUCAACAUCAUCAUCAACAUCAUAUGGAACAUAGAGCGUCCGUAGCUUCAGCGCCAGUUACUGGAAUGAGAAGUGGCUCGAUUUCGACCGUAGCAGGAAAUUAUUGGGCCAGUAGACGAUCGUUUCAAGAGAAUGAAUUAUCUUCGUCGCAAGGAAACUUUCAGCAUGAUCAACAGGUAUCCAGUAAAGCCGGCGUGGUAGUGACCAGUUUCCGACAAAGUCAUCGAAGCAUCGGACCCCAACCUAUUUGGAGCAGUACAUCAACGGCAGCAACUGCCUUCGCUAUAGCAACUUCAGCGUCGAGUAAUCCACCAGACAAAGUACCUGGUAGAUGCAGUGUUAGCGAUGGAAAUCAUCGAACUGGUUCAUGCCGUGAUAAAAAUAGAAGAAAGGAAUCGGUUAUGUCAACGGCAGCUACAAUGCGUGUACUCAACGUUCUUCGACAUUGGGUUUCAAAGCACGCGCAAGAUUUUGAAUUGGAUCAGAAAUUGAAAAACUUGACCAUAGAAUUCCUCGAGGAUAUCAUAUAUAGUCCGAAUCUUUUGCCGGCCGAACACAAAGCUGCUAGUCAAUUGUUACGAUUGAUCACCAAAGAGGAACCUGAAAGUAACAAAGUCGAUCUCAAGAAGCUAUUGACUCCACCCACGAUGGCAAGUAAGGAAAGUAUCGAGACUUUAUCAGCUCUAGAAAUUGCCGAACAAAUGACGUAUCUGGAUCAUCAGAUAUUCGUAUCGAUCGCUAGCGAAGAAUUUCUUGGCCAAGCAUGGAUGAAGACGGACAAAGCGACACGUGCACCGCAUAUUUUAUUAAUGACGAAAAGAUUCAAUGAAGUCUCUCAAUUAGUCGUUUCAGAGAUCAUUCGUCGAACAAAUAUGUCAGGUAGAGUAGCAGCAAUCGAAAAAUGGGCAGCAGUUGCGGAUAUCAGCAGAGUAUUACACAAUUAUAAUGGAGUAUUACAAAUUUGUGCUGCAUUUACCAAUACCAGUGUUUAUAGACUGAAAAAAACCUGGGAAAAGGUUUCAAAAACGACUAAACAAACCAUAGAAAAACUUCAAAAUAUCGUCUCCUCCGACGGACGAUUUAGAAAUUUGAGAGACGCAUUGCACAGAUGCGAUCCACCUUGUAUUCCAUAUUUAGGACUUUAUCUUACCGAUCUUUCCUUCAUAGAGGAAGGUACACCGAAUUUCACCGAGGAAGGUCUAUUAAAUUUCUCCAAAAUGAGAAUGAUAGCACACGUGAUCCGUGAGAUCAGACAUUUCCAGCAAACACCAUAUAAUAUCGAGCUGAUAACAAAGGUUACGAAUUAUUUAUUGGAUACGUCGUUGCUCCUAAAUGAAAAGGAUCUUUAUCGCAUGUCCUUGGAAAUUGAGCCUCGUACAUCGAGACUAAGUAAUACGACCUUGAUCAAUUUGCCGCCAUCUGUAAGUCAUGCGUCAAUGAAGUAAAAAGGCCGAUCUCAAGAGGAUAUGGAAAAGAAAUUAUUGAACGUUUCUAUCGAUAUGUAAAAACCCUACAUACAUAUACAUACAUAAAUAUAUAUAUAUAUAUAUAUAUAUAUAUGUAUAUAUAUAUAUAUAUAUCUAUUUAAUUCUAAGAUCAUUUAAGUGACUACUCGUAAGAUUACAACCGAGUAGCCCAUUACUUUCGGAGUCUAAAAUUCUUGAUAUAAUAAUGAUUAUUAUUAUUAUCGUCAUAAUAAUUAAUACGGUUAAUUUGAGAAUCCUCAACAAUUUAAUGCAUCUUUCUAUUGAAGGAGAUGAAAAAAAAAAAAAAGAAAAAAAUACAAACAUGCAAAAAAAAAAGAAAAGAAAAAGGUAAAAAAAAAAAAAACAAAAAAAAAACAAAAAAGCAUGUAUCUAAUGCGGCCAACGUUUUCUACCAAAUGUAUUUAAUGAAACAAAGAAUUGAGUAAUAUUUGCGCUAUUAUUCUAAAGAAACCUAAAAUUAAUCGUAAGAUUAAUUGAUACAGGUAACUCUUACGUUUUAUUAUUAGAUAAUUGUUCCUUCUUUUUUUUUUCUCUCUUCUUUCUGUUUCUUCUGUCUCUGUUUUACUUCCUUUCUCCUUUUACGCGAGUUUACGCGCGAGUCUGUCGGUCUUCAUUAAAAAAAAAAAAAAAAAAAAAAAAAAAAAAAAAAAAAAAAAAAAAAAAAAAGAAGAAAAAAAGAAGAAAAAAAGAAAAGAAAGAUAAAAAAAAAAAGAAAAAAAGAGAACAAAAAUUACCAGCAUUAUUUUACUAAUAACAAUAACAACAAACAAUAACAAAAGCAUAAUAUCGUAUUCCGAAUUAUUAAAAGGAAGAAAAAAGAAAAAAAAGAUGAAGAUGAAGAUGAGGAAAAAAAGUAGAAGAAGAAAAGUCAAAUCUUCGCGUUUAACCCCGUCCAUUAAUACGACCAUUUUGACUUAUUCUUAUCCUCGAUCAAAUUUUACUAAUUUGAUCUAACGUUCAAUUUAUUUUCAACAACGUUGGAUCGCGAAUACUCAAAUCAUUUUGCUCGUUCUAAACAAAAGGAUAAUCACAUUUUUAUACAUGCACAAACGCUCGUACAUGCACACGCAUACACAAAGACAAACUUUACUUCAAAGCAAUGUUUUUCCCUUCUAAACAAACUUUCCUCGAAACAAUAUGUUAUUGAUCAAAGUUUUUCUCGCUUCUUGUUAAAAAAUUUCUCAAACUUUUUCAACUUUUCAUUAUUGAAUCAGAAUGAUCGACAAUGUUAAAAAUGACGAUUAGUAAAUCAAACGAUUGGAUGGAAGUACAAAAUGAUGAAUGAUUAUUCUCGUAGAUGAUAUCUAUAAAAUGAAAAAGAAAUAGAAAAAUUACAUCUUACGUCAUUUUCAUCACCCUUUUAAAAUGAAAAUAUUUUAUCGUUUAUUGUGACGUGUACAUCAAUCGCGAGGAAUAACUCUGUUCUUAAAAAUAAAACAAAAAUAUAUAUAUGUAUAUAUGGAUAUAUAUAUAUAUAUAUAUAUAUAUAUAUAUAUAUAUAUACAAGUACAAAUAACAUGUGAUUUAUUGGCUACUAUGAUACGGUGCUCUAAUUCAAUCUGAAAGAAAGUUUCCUCGUAAGAUUUAUUAUUCUUCGCUUCUAAUAAAAAUUUUCUUUACGAUCAAUACGAUUUUUAUCUUAAAUGAUUAAGUA